AUGGAAACGCUGUCAGCAGUUAUGAAUUCCUUCUACUUCAUUUUGCCCUUAUUAGCUAUAUUAGUCAUAUUUGCCCAAAGUUCCUACGCAAGCAUCUUGGAAGAAGGUUUUAACAGGUUCUUUAAGCGAGCUUAUAGUGAUUCUUUUGAGUCAUUUCUAGAAGAGCCCGCUUUUGGUGUAAAGCCGGAACACAUACACUAUCCCACACAUGUUCACGCUCCAGUAACUGCAGCAUUUCCUGUCGCUCCAGUUGCAACUGUGGUUCCAUCUCUUUCUGCUGUUCCUGUAUCUCCUGCAUUAGGCUACCACCAUAUGUUCCCGUAUGGUCAUUACUAUCAUCCUUUUGCAGCUGUUCACAAUUUGGCAAAGUCUUAUGCAAAAGUGGACAUUCCUCUGGAACAUCGGUAUUUUCUGGAAGCGGACAUCUGCCCCAUGGCUUAG